CACCUAGUUGUUAUGUGACGUGUACCCCGGUGUGUGAAGUGUUUAGGUAGCUUGCGGCCGCUGGGAAACAAGCUGCCACAAAACACCCAAAGAGCCUUAAAAGCGCGAAAUAAUGGGAGGAUCGCAGAGUGUGGAGAUACCGGGAGGUGGUUCCGAGGGCUACCACGUCCUCCGGGUUCAGGAAAACUCACCUGGACACCGUGCAGGACUGGAGCCCUUCUUUGACUUUAUUGUCUCCAUCAAUAACACCAGACUGAACAAGGACAAUGACACCUUGAAGGACUUACUAAAAGCCAGUGUGGAGAAACCUGUGAAGAUGCUGGUUUAUUCCUCAAAGACCCUGGAGCUGCGGGAAUCCACCGUCACACCGAGCAACCUUUGGGGGGGUCAAGGUUUGCUUGGAGUCUCGAUUCGCUUCUGCAGCUUCGAGGGAGCCAAUGAGAAUGUUUGGCAUGUGCUGGACGUGGAGCCUAACUCCCCAGCUGCUCUCGCUGGGUUGCGUCCGCACACCGACUACAUCAUCGGAGCUGACACUGUUAUGAAUGAUACCGAGGACUUGUUCUCUCUGAUAGAGAGCCACGAGGGGAAAGGCCUGAAGCUCUACGUGUACAACACAGACACAGACAACUGCAGAGAGGUGGUCAUCACACCGAAUGGUGGCUGGGGAGGAGAGGGCAGUCUGGGAUGUGGGAUUGGCUAUGGAUACCUCCACAGGAUUCCCACCCGGCCUUUUGAGGAGGGGAAGAAGAUCAGCUUCCCUGGAAAUUCUCCCAGUGAGCCCGUCAGUCCGCUGAAGGAUGGAUUCACUGAGGUUCAGCUUUCAGCAGUGACCCCUCCUUCCACUGCACCUGCUGUGCCCACAGGCUUAGAAGAUUCGCUGGCCGGCCUGUCAAUCAGCACAGCCCCGCCCACCAUGCCUAGUGAACUGCAGACAGGUUUGCCCACAGUCCCUCUGCUCCCCACCUCCACCAGCCCCUCAGUCAGCCACCUCACUCCAGUGAAUCCUGCCUCCAUCAGCUUCAACCCUGCUACAGCAAUACCAGGUCUGAUGCCCUUUCCUGGUGGGUUGCCUCCACUCCCGAACCUUUCCAACCUAAACCUGCACCUCCCAGACCUCAGCGCUGUGUCAUUAGCAGGCACCAGCCCCUUACCCCCAUCAGUGGGAAUGUCAGCAUUCCCACCUCUGGCCCCUCUCCCUCCCCUCAACCUGCCAGGUCUGACCCCACUGCACUCUCUCUCCACCAUGCUGCACUCCCAGUUGCCUCAGGGAGUGGCCCCCCUCCUGCCCACCUCUACCACCGCCCCUCCAGCUUCUGUCACAGUCACAGCAGCACCUGUGACCGACCCUGUCACCGUCUCCACAGCACUCACAGAAGCAGCGUCCACACACACUGUGGAAUCACCAGCCCCCACGGAAACAACACUAACUUCAUCGUAACCUGGAAAGAUCAUCCCAUUCAUAUCGAACCAAAACACACACCCAGUUUCUCUCUUCUGUUUUUCUAUUUAUUUGGCAAAGAGGGACAGGCAGACAGCUGCAUCGGUUCAGACACAGAAGUCACCAUGCUCCAGUUAUGGGUGAGGAAGCUUGUGUGGAGCGAGACAAAAUGAAUAUGAAGAAUGGAGGAUGGACUUGUCUUAACCAACGCAUCUUUAUUGCUGGGUUUGUAGUUUGUUUCGCACUUAUGCAGUUACAACAAGGCGAAGAGUCAUUUCCCGUUUCUGAUCUGUUUAGCAGUUUUUAAUAUGUUAACGGGGCUGGACAAUAGAUCAAAUUUACUGAAUUACUACAGGUUUCAACUCCCUUAUUAAUAAAGAAUGGCUUCAGGGGCAAGCUAAGAGUCCAGAAGUCAUGUAACUGGUCCUACUGGAAUGCAGCAGAACAAAGGUAGCAGUGGGCCAACAAGAAUAAUCAUGGACCGCCUUAUUAAAAAUGGGCACAAGGUAAAUCUGAUGUUGAAGUUUGUGGCUGCCAUUGUCCAGCCCUGAUGUGUAACCUUCUGUUAGUUCACAGAUCCCCAGAUCGGUAGAUGAAUUUGACCAUUUUUGUUGAAUGGGUGUGUCCACCCAGGGAAUUAACCUGCUUUAUUUUGCGCCACCUUUGUCUUUUGAAAUCAUCUUUUCCUUUUGUAUGUGUCAAUAUAUGCGCAGAACUCCACAGUACAUACCACCGUCUCUACUACACACAGUAACAGCCUGAAGACCAUACCAGAGGGGACAAAGGUUUACGGUUAUAUGAGCUACUGAGUAAAGUGUGUGUUUGCUGAUGGGGGAUUAUUAAAUACACUGUACAUCUCCUCCCGACAUGGCUGAAGAGAACUGGUUACGGUGAUGCAAUGCAGCCACAAGGUGCUGCUGUAACAGAACAUUCAGAAAAAUACCUACAGUAUGCACAGUGUGAGCAAUAAAGCCAAAUAAGUUUUA